AUAUUAGACAGCAAGUUCGCAGAUUGUGGUGGAUGCAUUGCGCGUGGCCGGCCGUGUUUGCUCACAAAUAUGCACUAUAGCUCCUAUCAGUAUCAAUCAUACGUAUCACGUCACUGUGUAGGAACACAAUUUACACCGAUACACGACAUUUUUGCCGAGAGCACAUCGCAGUUCCUCUUGAUACGGUAUAGAAGAAAGGAUUAUUCAUAGCAUGUAGUAAUAUAGGUUCCGUGCCCGUAUGAAGUCACUUGUUGAUACUUAUGAUAUAUUUUGCGUAUCAGUUUAUAUUCAUAACUUUGCACUGAGACAUUAUUAUUAAAAACUUUUUUCUCGAACCAUUACUGCGUGAGAUUAGAGUAUGUCGAGUUCUUCGUCUUUGAAUAAUUAAAAUUUGCGAAAUAUUUGUUAAACAUGUAUUCUGAAAUCAGAUCUAUAAGUCUGGGAGUCAAUAUUAUUUCCAUGUUCAUAAUUCUAAUAUUAUGUAUUAAUCAAAUGUAUGAAAAGGAUGUAUACAAAGCCAUGAAAGAAACAUGGCACCUUCUUACUUUAUGUUUGAUGUUUCUUAUAGUUUGUGUAGCCAUUUUCAAAAUUCGAUUAUUUUUUGAAGAGCUAUUUUAUAUCAAUUUACACUAUAAUGGAAAUUUCGUAUCUGUGGUGAAAGCAACUCUAAAUUUCAACGUACCCUCUUGGGUUGUAUUUGCAAUUACAAUUGUUGCUUUUGUGAUGCUAGUCAUGCAUUCUAAUUUUAGUAUGAUACAAAUCAUGCAGUUGAAUCCAUUUGCCACGUUAUUAGCUAUUGCUUUCUCAAUUCUUUUAUUUUACACAAUAAACAUUACUGAAUGCCGCGCAACAACAGUUGCUACGAUAUUUUCUACAGGAUUAAAUCCUGGAACUGCAAUGGCAAGCAGUUAUUUUUAUGGUUACUUGAAAAUUAUUCUACCAGCAAGUGGAGGAAUUGAAAGAGCAGGUAUAUUAAACGCUUUAGAGAAAUUUGAAUCGAAAAACAACGUUCCUGUACCAGUUAAAAAACUUUUUAUACUUAUACCAUCAUCAUCAUACAUACCUCCAGAUUUAAAAGAAAUCUCUAAUAAUUGGUUAGAAUAUGUUCAGCCUCUUGAAACCAUUGCCAUAGAUAGAGCAGGUGUAAAAAAUCGUACUUACCAUAACACCAUUUAUAAAUUUCGUUCUAAUGGUCCAAACAAGGCUGGCAAGUCUUAUUAUCUUGCAACUGAGGGAGCAACUCCAUUAAAAACAUUUCUAGAAGUACAGGACAAUUCUCACAGAUAUGCUGCUCUCUACAGGGAAUUUAAUAGGGAAAUUAUCAAAAGUUUUUAUACGACAUUGCAAAACCUUUUAAAUGAUAAUCCAGACUGUAAAGACUACUGUGAAUUAGUUUAUUACGAAGAUACUAAAGGUGGGGAACGUACAAAUCCAGCCCACAUAUUACAAGACAGAAUAGACAAGUAUAUGAGUGAUCAAAUUAUAAAGAUAAAAGAUUUUAAAUAAUUUUUCAAUGACAAAUCACUGCUGUCUUUUUAUAAAACUUUAUAUAAAACGUUAUAUUCAUAUAUUAUUAUAAGGUAGCUAUGAUGGAGAUAGAUGAAUCUCAAGUACUCGUAUUUUUGAUAAUCGUGAAAUUUUUACUCUUGUAUGUACAAAUACUAUACUUUUUAAAAGUAUGCACCAAUAAAUAAAUCAAUGCCAAAGAAGUAAUGUUUUAGUUUUCAAAAUUAAUAUCGAUAAAAGAAAAUGUUUAAAUCAUUGAACUUUAAGUGGGAAAGCUAUUGAAUAGAGAGAACGAGAGAAAAACAAUUAUGAGCGAGAUUAUAUGUUCCUAUGACAUCGAUUAUCCAAUACACGAUUUUAAAACCUUUACGCUCAUUAAAAAUCUCUUACUCUAUUUGUGAUAAAAUACUGGAUAUAUUUAUGUACUAGAAAAUCUUAUCCUUAUCAUAAAAUUAUGCUUGAAUUGGAGAUUAAUUUUGUAACACAUGUACAGUCAAUAGUCAUAGCAUUAAUUCAAACGUUUUUGUAAUUAAAAUGGUUAAUAAAAUGAAUUUACUUAA